CCCCUCUCCAUUAAAUGCAAUUGCACCCUCUCAACACGAUCUGCAAUAACUAUUCGCUGCCACAAUUUCCUCUAUCUGUUUCCCUCUAUCUCCUUCCUCUUCUCCCUUCUUUCAUCAUCAUCUUCUUCUUCAUCAUCCUCUUCUUUGUAUCAGUUACUUUCUUGCUUGAUCCCCUCCCCACCAACACCAACUUUUUAUACCAUUCAACCUCACACCCAAACAGCCUGUUUUACUUCUUUCAAACAACACUUAGCAGUUUACAGUAAACAAGUCUUUUUUUUUCCCAGAACAGAUCCUAAUUCUCUCUUCUUCCUUGGGCUUUCCUAGGGUUCAUCUUUAUUAGGGAAAGCCGAAGAGACAAACAUAGAAAGCAUAGUUGGAUUCUCCGUGAUUUUCGCUGGAACGUGUUUUCUUUCUUUCUUUCUUUCAUUUGCCUGGUUUUUUGUCUGUCAAGUACCGUAUCAAAUUUGUCAACAUUUUUCUUUAUAGAUGCUGUCUGGCUUUCAUAUUGGCACGUAAGAGUAGGAUAUUCUUCGAGGAUAAAUACACAAAUAUAUAAACCGAAGAAGAGAGAGAGAGAGAGAGAGUAACUUUCGAGCUGCCCAAAAGAAAAAAAACCACAGUCAGCUUUGUUUCUCACUGUUGGGGAAUCUAAAAGGUCAUCUCAACUCGAAUCAAAGGACAGUUUAAGUAGUGUGAAGAAGGGCAAGAAACAAUAUAUAUAUCUGUUCUAGUGCUUUUUGGAUUCUGAAAUAUGCUGGCCGGAGUUAUGAUUCCGGCGAGAAACAUGCCGACGAUGAUAAGUGGAAACGGAAAUGUUAGUGGUUUUGGGACAUCCUUACUUGUUCAGAUUGAAAAACAUUAAGCAUUGGGAAACUUAAAGAUCUGUAGAUAUAAUAAUGUUCCAACAGCCAAGCAAUAUGAUGGAAGGUCAACUCCACCCUCUGGAGUCCGAAAGUGAAAUUGGUCGAAUGAGAGAUGAUGAGUUGGACAGUACAACCAAAUCUGGUAGCGAAAACCAUGAAGCUGCCUCUGGUGAUGAUCAAAAUCCUCGCCCUAAUAAAAAGAAGCGUUACCAUCGCCAUACACAGCACCAGAUCCAAGAAAUGGAGGCCUUUUUCAAGGAGUGUCCUCACCCAGACGACAAGCAAAGGAAGGAACUUGGGCGUGAGUUAGGGUUAGAGCCAUUGCAGGUGAAAUUUUGGUUCCAAAACAAGCGUACCCAGAUGAAGACGCAGCAUGAGCGCCACGAAAACACACAACUACGAACUGAGAACGAGAAGCUAAGGGCAGACAACAUGAGGUAUAGGGAAGCUUUAAGCACUGCUUCAUGCCCUAAUUGUGGAGGUCCAACUGCUGUAGGACAAAUGUCCUUUGAUGAACACCAUCUCAGGCUUGAAAAUGCUCGACUAAGAGAAGAGAUUGAUCGAAUAUCAGCAAUAGCUGCAAAGUAUGUUGGCAAGCCAGUGGUGAGCUACCCUCUUCUUUCGUCUCCUAUGACUCCACGGCCAUUUGAAUUUGGUGCACAACCUGGCACUGGGGAUAUGUAUGGUGCUGGGGAUCUUCUUAGGUCGAUCAGUUCACCUUCGGAAGCCGAUAAGCCGAUUAUUAUCGAGCUUGCGGUGGCAGCAAUGGAGGAACUAGUUAGAAUGGCUCAGAUGGGUGAACCCUUAUGGAUGACCAGCCUUGAUGGAACAACGUAUGUGCUGAACGAGGAAGAAUACAUCAGGACUUUCCCUAGAGGAAUUGGGCCCAAACCUACCGGCUUCAAAUGCGAAGCUUCAAGAGAAACUGCCGUUGUAAUCAUGAACCAUAUUAACCUUGUGGAGAUUCUCAUGGAUGUGAAUCAGUGGUCAACGGUGUUUUCGGGAAUAGUUUCAAAGGCUUCAACUUUGGAUGUUCUUUCAACAGGGAUAGCAGGCAAUUAUAAUGGAGCCCUUCAAGUGAUGGCAACUGAAUUUCAAGUUCCGUCACCACUUGUGCCCACUCGUGAGAGCUAUUACGUAAGAUACUGCAAGCAACAUGCAGAGGGAACUUGGGCAGUGGUCGAUGUUUCCUUGGAUAAUAUACGCCCUAGUCCAACAGCUAGAUGCCGAAGGAGACCGUCUGGAUGCCUAAUUCAAGAAAUGCCCAACGGGUAUUCAAAGGUUACUUGGGUCGAACAUGUUGAAGUCGACGAUAGUGGCGUUCACAGUCUUUACAAGCAGCUCGUAAGCACCGGCCAUGCUUUCGGAGCACAACGUUGGAUCGCUACUUUAGACCGACAGUGUGAGAGGCUCGCAAGUGUCAUGGCUACUAACGUACCCACCGGUGACGUUGGAGUGAUAACAAAUCAAGAUGGGAGAAAGAGUAUGCUGAAGCUAGCUGAGAGAAUGGUGAUGAGUUUUUGUGCCGGAGUGAGUGCGUCGACCGCGCACACUUGGACGACAUUAUCAGGGACAGGGGCCGAUGAUGUAAGGGUGAUGACUAGAAAAAGCGUGGAUGAUCCAGGUAGACCACCUGGGAUUGUGCUAAGUGCUGCCACAUCCUUUUGGCUUCCUGUUUCACCAAAGAGGGUAUUCGAUUUCCUCCGAGAUGAAAAUUCUCGAAGUGAGUGGGAUAUUCUUUCAAAUGGUGGAGUUGUCCAAGAAAUGGCACACAUAGCCAAUGGUCGGGACACAGGCAAUUGUGUUUCACUACUUCGAGUAAACAGUGCGAAUUCAAGCCAGAGUAACAUGCUGAUUUUACAAGAAAGUUGUACAGACCCAACGGCCUCUUUCGUGAUCUAUGCCCCGGUUGAUAUUGUCGCGAUGAAUGUCGUCUUAAAUGGAGGUGACCCGGACUAUGUCGCUCUUCUCCCUUCCGGUUUUGCUAUUCUACCAGAUGGAUCAACUAUUACAGCAACGACUUCGAGUGCCGGUGGUGGCAUUGACACUGAUGCGGCCGGCAGCUCCAGUGGAUCCCUUUUAACUGUUGCGUUUCAGAUUUUGGUCGACUCGGUUCCAACUGCAAAGCUUUCUCUUGGAUCGGUUGCAACAGUUAACAAUCUGAUCGCUUGCACCGUUGAAAGGAUAAAAGCAUCUUUGUCAUGCGAGAAUGCAUGAAGUAGCUCAGCUUUAAAUGAUAGCUAACUAGAUAAGGAACGGAAAAAGGGAAGGUAACUAAAUUUGAAGAAAAUUAGUGAGUUGAGGAAUUUUGGGAUUAUAGAAAAACGAAAGGGAGAAGUCAAGAGCGCACCUUGCAUGAUCCUAUAUGACAUGUUUGACUUUUGUUCGAGGCUGAGAAAUUUCAAUUGACUUGGACAAAAUUCAUCAAGUCUAGAGGUUCGGGAAUUGACUUCCCCAAAAAGAAAAAAACGAAUGAAUGAAUGAAAUAGGAGUUGUAUAGUUUUGUUUUAUGUAAUGGGAUUUUAGUUCCCUUUUUUCCUUCUUCCCUUAGUUUAUUUUGUGUUUCUAAUGCUCUCACACAUCUACUUCUACCAGACAGUUUUUUUAAUUUGUUACUAUCGUUUCUUUUUCU